AUGAAUUCAUUCGUCAAUCAAAGUAUAAGAAUACAUCCCUUGGCAAUUUAUUUGUUGCCAUGCUUGACUUUUACACCAGAAUCUGCCCAUUUGGAACUGGUAGAAUUAUUCUUGAUAAAGGAACAUUUCCACCACUACUUGAACAUGAAACUGAUUGUCUUGUUUUUGAUUCGAUUCUUCUCCGUCGAACAUCUGAUAAGUUUGCCCUAA